AUGGCUGACCCGCCACCACCGUUCACCCCCUCCGCCUCGGCAGCGGACCUGCCGCCGGCGCCACCGGCAAUCCGGCACGACGUGAGCCCGACCUCGAACGCCCCGCUCGCCCUCGCGGAGUCCGGCUUCACCUUCUGCGACGAGAACCCGCUCGUGCCGCCGCAGCACCUGACAGCCGCGUCGCUGGAGGAGAUCUCCAGGGGUGCACUAACGCUCGUCGUCCCCCCUUACAAGGCUUACUUAAACCACGUGACGGUGGCCAGCUCGCCGGAAAAUGGCCUGCCGAUCGUGUCCACCUCCUCCAACUGCCCGGACACCGCCCUCCUGUCCUCGCUGCCGCUGUACGCCGCUGGCUUCCACCACCCGGCCAACACGGGUUCGCCCAAGCACAUAUACUUCGAGGUCCGCUUGCUUCGCCUCCCACGCCGGGCCGAUAAGGGCGCUGUGGCCAUCGGCUUUGCCGCGAAGCCGUACCCGCCCUUCCGCUUGCCGGGAUGGAACAGGGGGAGUCUGGCCGUGCACGGGGAUGACGGACACAGGUAUUGUAAUAAUGCGUUUGGCGGGAGCGAGUUCAUGGAGGCGCCGUGGAGAGUUGGGGAGACGGUGGGCAUUGGUAUGACUUUUGGCACUGGGAGAGUAGGGGGAGGAGGGGGGGAGGUUUGGGUUGAGAGGAACGGGAAGAGGGUUGGUGGGUGGGAGAUUACUGAGGAGGUUGACUCCAUCGACUCCAUGAGGGGUGGGGAUCCCAAGAUUGGCUUGGAUGGGAGGUGGGAUGUGUAUGCCGCCUUGGGCGUUUUUGGCGGGGGAAUCCAAGUGGAGGUUUCGAAGUUCGAGAGUGUUUGAGCCUAUAGUGGUGGCGAUUUGUUGGGGUUGACUUUUUCCGCAUCUAUUUAUUUAUUAAUGUCACGUAUUGUUAAGGUAUUGAGGAGUUUGG